AUGGCCUUACAUGGGAUGCUGAUUCUAAGGCCACUCAGGUUGGCCGGAACGAUAUUUGUUUUAGCGACACUUGCAACAGCCACCGCUGCAGCAGCUCAAGCCCUGCCUGGAUGCCCUGACUAUUGCGGUGAUCUGAAAGUUCCAUACCCAUUUGGGACAGUUGAAGGUUGGUACCUGGGAGAAAACUUUUUUAUCAACUGUACUACUAAUACUAGUACUACGACUAGUAACUUCACUCAAAUCCCAAUAGCAUAUCUGAUGGGAAGUGAAGACAUUGUUAUUACUAAUAUAUCCCUUGACGGUGAAUUGCAAAUAUUGCAGCGUGUGUCCCAUGAUUGUUUUUAUAAUAAUGACGAGUGGGGUGUGGUGCACAUCUCCCCCUACUCGCUCUCGUUCCCGCUCCAGGUUUCUCCUUUCACCAUCUCGGACACCAGAAACAAGUUGGUUUCGAUUGGUUGUGACACUUUUGCAAUACUUGAAGGUUACCGCCAGGACGAAGAAAGGUACGAAUCGGGGUGCCUGUCCUUAUGUCGUAGGCCUGACAAAGUUACCGAGUCUUGCUCUGGCAUUGGGUGCUGCACAGCUUCCAUCCCUAGUGGACUGAAAAAUUUUACUGUGAAAGUGAGUAAAUAUAAAAAUGAUCCGUAUGGAGACUUGCGCUGCAGCUACGCCUUCAUUGUGGAAGAGAACUAUUUCAAAUUCACCAAUGCAAGUUUUCUAGAAAUGGCGAACACACCCCAGCUUCCAAUGGUUAUUAACUGGGAAAUCGGAGAUCAGCCGUGUGCUGCAGCUGAGAAGAGCCACAAUUUUUCAUGCAAAGCAAAUAGCAAAUGUAUCAACCGGACCAAUUCAUCUGGUUACUUCUGCAUGUGCUUGCCAGGUUAUGGAGGGAAUCCAUACCACCCAGAUGGAUGCCAAGGUAAUCAUGGCCCCGUUUGA